AUGUCGACGUCAGCGCCCGCAGGAAAGCGGCAGGCGAGCACUGAGCCAGAGACCAAUUCUCUAGCGAAGCGGCGCCCGGGUCUUCCUAGCCAUGAAGAGGAAUCGUCCAAGAAAUGUCCAGUGCUCUUGUGUUUGUACGAGCGUGGAGAUUCCUCGCAGCAAGACGUUGAAGCCCUCUUCCUCGAUAUUCCUGCCGGCCCCUCGGCCCAACAUGUUCCCUCCUCUGACGAGGGAAGCCAGCCCGACUCCAACGAGGAGGUUGACGAUGACAACAACUCUGGCGCAUCUUCAGGACGAGACAGGCCCAAGGGUGUGAGCAAGGAGAUGAUGAUUCUCAUGAACAAGUUCGAGAAGACCAGCGCCUUCCGCUUCAACCUCCCCGACUUUUCUCGGCCCGCGCCGGUAUUCCUGAGGGGAACCAGUAUGGUGGAGCGCAAGGCCUUCGCCCGCCUUCUGGAGUGCCCGGUCCAGCGUCUUGUCGACCUGGACUAUGCUAAGAUGGUGGCCUCUGUGCACCGCCGGUACUACGUCAAGGCCAUUGCUCUCCUCAUCAAAGAGGUUGGCGACAACAACGAAGUCUGUGCAGACUGCCAAGAAAACGAGUUUUGCCGGAACACCUGCACGACCCUGCCCCCCGAGACGGCGUGUCUGCAGGAAGUGAACCAGGUGGUCAACGGUCGGUGCUGCAACGUCUUUCUCAGGCAGUACACCAAGGCCAACCAGACGUCCAUGACGCAGGAUAGUGAUGACUCCACGAUGACAACCCCCAACACAUCCACCUAUGCUAGCCAGCCCCAGGAUGAGCAGCAUGAUAACGAGAUGGCAGCGGCCUAUUCUGCCUCCGUACUUUCUUCUCCUCAUCAGCAGCAACAGCAGACCCGUCCCAUUCCCCAAGUGAACUCCAUCUCCGACUUGCCUCACGACCGCAAGAAGUUCGCUAGACGCGUGCUCAAGGCCUUGGAGAUCGCCGAUGAUGAUCGCAGAAAGAAGAAGCACAACGGCAGUCAGGUGCCCAUCCUGCCAUAUGGUCCUCGGGACAAGCUUGCCGCCGAGAUCGACAACGCUGUGUAUGCAUCUGCUGAUAGCUUUCGUCACUACGAGCAGGAUAUCGAUACGCUGAGCGAGUGUAUUCGGUACAACAACGAGCUUCUUGGUGGAUUGGUGACCAACGCCAUCACCCCAGCCUCAAUGCUGCUCAUGGCGCCAGUCCAGCUACGAAAGUGGAAGCCGCAUGAUGAGCGGGCGACUUUGGUGGCGCAGAAUGAUCCAGGUUCUGCACCUGGUUUUCCUAUGACAACCUUGGGCCCCGUCUAUCCCACCCCCGACACGACGGCCUUCAUGGUCAAGCAACGCGGCCAAUCGCAGUCUGCUUCGUCUCGCUACGCUCAACCUCGGAACCCAGCUUCUCAGCCGGGCAACAACACCGCUGUAGCAUCUUCGUCUCGUACCGCCGCGCAGCCGUAUGCGCCGGCUAAUGAUACCGCCGUCGCGUCUUCGUCUCGUACAGCUAAACCAGCUUUUCUGCCGGCUAACGAUACUGCUGUGGCAUCGUCUUAUCAUGCGCCCGCGCCACGUUUCUUGCCGGUUGACGACACUGCCCCAGCAUCUUCGUCCCGCGCAGCUGAGAAAGCUCCCAUGGUGCAGUACCAAGUCCAAGGUACACGAUCCUCGGACGCUACCUCUGGCGGGCGGUCAGUUAAUGCGCUCGCCCGUGUCAAAAACCAAGUCAAUAGCCUCACGAACGAGUUCGACAACCUGUCUCAGUGGGACCGCAGCCACUUCCGCUUUCGCAUGAAAGGCAUUUUUUCAGGUCCCGAACUGCCCGACGACCUGGACCAACAGUUCUCCAGACUCUCUGUCGCUUUCUAUGACCUUUCGGAGGAGGAGAAGAAGCGUGCGCGUGAUCACGCCCUUGAGAAGCUGAAGCAGAUUCGUGACUAG